UUUUUUUAUUGGCUGUGUCACUCAUCAUGAUGUCCGCAUGCACACGGGACUUUGUGGGAUAAUCCUGACCUGAGUGCAGAGCAGCAACGGAACGUCGUUUGGGUGAAAAGAAGACGCUCAUCCGCUUGACCAGCUUCUACUUGAGUUGCUCACCUCUUCACUGUACGGCACGGUUGGCGGAGGAGAAUUCCACGGGCGCGCUGCACGCUGGUGUGUGUGCUUUGAAAUAAUAAUUAUUAUCCCAGCGCUCUGCUUUCCUGAUCCAAACUCUACUGGGUGUCGUAAAUCAGCUCUGGUACGGAGCAGCACCAGGCUAGGGUCGUGCCGCCGGUGCAAUGUAAUGACCAGUCGACGGCUGUGUGUCGAGUGCUUCGCAGACUUCGCAGGCCCGUUUUCCAUUUCUGCUUCAAUAGAAAUCUGCUAGCGGCGGAUGCGUUAGAGGAGCAGUGCUGUUAGCGGCCGAGAAGACGGCUAUCCCUCAUUGCGACCAACCUGGAGCCAGUUGAAAACUGAGUCAGCAAAAUGCCCUUGCGCUUUCGCCGCGACAAGAAAAAGGAAGAUGCAGCUGCGGCUGCUGCCGCUGCUGCCAGUGCAGCAGAGCCGCCACGGUCUCCUAGUCUGCAGCGAAAGGACACAAAGCGACCCGACAAGAAGGGGCGAAGGAACACGGCAUCGUCGGUGUCCGAUCGUACGCUGAGCACGUCGGCAGGCGACAUUCCGACGACGGUCAACAAUGGCCAAGCGGGUGGUUUCGGAGGUGGACUGGCGGGCUCGAGCGGCACCGUUACACCGUCUCCGGAACCGAGUGAUUCGUCCGCCGUCCAUUCUCCCCAAAGUCAUUCUACCCUUGGUGCUGCGUCGCACAAAGCGGAUCCCAGGCGCUCGGACUCACAACGAAGCGCCGAUAGUCGCAAAUCUAGCGUGCCGUCCAUGGGUAGCUUCGGCACUGGCGACCAGAGCAGCCGGCCGAGACCUCAGCGAGCUGUUACCGUCACAGCGCGGUCGUCGGGAGCUGCGUCCUUCGCUCCGGAGCGACAGCGAACAGGAAGCAGCUCGCAGCGAUCGCGCCCGGCGGUGAAGAAGAGCGCCAGAGACGAGUUCCUGGAGUCGGUAUCCACCGCGGAGAAGCAACUGAGCGGCUUGCCGCUGAGCCUACCGUCGUUCGCAGCGUCGUCAGUGGAUGGGACUGUCCGGACUGUUACUUUGAAGCGCGAGCCAAAGGGGUUUGGCUUCACGCUAAGGCAGCAGCCCGGAAAUCCACAUCCAAUGCACGUUGUGGAGGCGAACGGCCUCAAUUCGCAGGCAUCAGCAGUACUACUGGCCAAUGAUCGCCUGCUGGAGGUCAACGGCGUCAGCGUCGAGGGUGCAAAUCACAGCCGAGUGGUGGAUCUCAUCAAGGAAAGUGGUGAUGAGUUGCGUCUGACACUCAUGUCCAUCACCGAGCUCAUGGAGCUGGGUGAUGAAGGCGGUGGUGUGGGUGAUGGCGGUGAAGUCCUAUCGGAGUUGACUGGUCACACGGCUAGCAACGGCAGUCCCGGUGGAGCUCCUCCGUCGCUGCACAGCCAGCUCUCGUCGGGAGGCGUCUCGUCGUCCAAGAUGGGUGGUUAUCAUGGCGAGACGUUGCGCAAGGGCGUCAAGGCUCGCACAGAGGAGGAGCUGACCCGAGAACGCGAGUGGCAAGCCGUAGAGAAGGUCUGGUUAGUGCACAAGGAUGGCUUCACGCAGGCUACGUUACUACGCAAGACGAUCAGCGAGAGGCCCAAGCACAACUUCACCUCGGUCGGUGCCGAGCCUUGCUACAUCAAACUGGAGAACGGUGAUAUCGUAGCCGUGGACGAGACAGAUGUCGAGAGGGCUAACCCGACUAACUUUGACCGUGUGGAGGACCUGGCCACUCUACGUCAACUGAACAUGUCCAGUGUUCUGCACACGCUACGGCAACGCUACGGCUCGGGGCUGGUGCACACGCUGGCUGGGCCGCACCUGGUCGUCGUCAACCCAAUGAAGAGCAUGAACCUAUACACGGAUAAGAUCAUCCAGCGUUUCCGCAGUGACCGCACCCUGGUCAACAAGCCGCACAUAUUUGCGGUGGCGGAGAAGGCCUACCAGCGUCUUCGCACCACACACCAGGACCAGUCCAUCAUACCGAUGGGGAUCAGCGGCUCCGGGAAGUCCGUGUCCAUCGGUCACGUCCUGCGCUACUUCUCCAUGCUACCCAAGACCAAGGGAUGCAUGCUGACACCUGACCGAAUGGCCGGUAUCCAGACGCUCUUGAAGAUGUUCACGUCUUGCGCCAGCGUGAUUCACGAGAACGCCACGCGAUUCACGUCGCUGACCGGCAUUGAGUUUGAUGCUACUGGUCAGCUCGUCGGCGGCUCUAUACAGGUGUAUCUACUGGAGAAGUCGCGUGCGGCAAGGCGUUCCGACCUGGAGUACAACUUCCACAUCUUCUACCAGUUGUUCUGCGGAGCCGAUGAGCAAUUAAAGCAAGAACUGCAGCUGACGAAUCUCGAGGAGGAAAACGCUUUCUUCCGCAAUCUACCAAAGGAGGGUGGUCGUGAGCAUCGGCACUUCUCCGGCCAAUGGGAGGCUACGGUCAAGGCAUUCAGCGCCGUUGGCAUUAGCUCUGAGCAGGUCAAAGGUGUCUGGUCCCUGCUUGCGGCCAUUUUCCACCUGGGCGCUGCAAACGCAGUGCGCAUGCAGACGCAGGGUCAGCGUACCGUCACCGGUCGAUUCGCCAAUCCUGCAGCCGCACAGCGAGCAGCCUCUCUACUCGGUACCACCCUGGAGGAGCUGCAGAGGUCCGUCUUUGCUACGUCAGCUUCAACCGGCACAGGUGGCAAGAGGCCCAAUUCUGCCAUAUCUUCGUCGUCGUCUUCGUUUGCCGAUAUUCCCUCUCCGAUGACAUCGGCCGUCAACUCACCAGCAAUUCCCUCAGUGACAUCAUCCUCGCCGGCCAUGCCCGGCAGCAGUACCAUGGAGGCGCUGGAGAACUUUGCCAUGGGUAUCUACGACGCAAUGUUCUUUGCACUGCUACAGAUCAUCAACAGAUCGAUCUUCCCCACACAGCGCAGUGCCAACACCAUCCAAGUUAUGGACAUGCCCGGUCUGCAGAACCCUGUGGCCGGCGCACAGCAGGAAGUCGGUCUCCAGUUCGAAGACCUGUGCAUCAAUUAUGCCCAGGAGAGGCUACAGAUGCUGUUCUACGAUCACGUCUUCACGCUGGAGCAGGAGAGAUACUCCCAGGAAAAUGUUGAUUGCAAGUUCAUGACGUAUGUUCCCAACCCGCUGUCAAUCAUCAGCUUGUGUGAUCGUAUGGUGUCUAGUCAGGCCAUGCCGCGCAUGGAUGUGUCAGUGACGGAGCGCAAGGGUCUGUUCUGGAUUGUGGAUGACGAGGCUCAGCGUCCCAACAACUCUGAGAAGAACCUACUGGAGCAGCUGGAUCAGAUCCAUGGCAAGGGAGAACAGCGAGAGAAGCCAUCGCUGCGCGUCCUUCCCGACACAUCCAGCUUCAUCCUGGUGCACUGCCAGGGUGUGAUGCCGGUGGAGUACGAUGUGCGCGGCUGGCUGAGGCGUGCGAGAGAGCACGCCUCGUUCAAGGCGGCCAACUCCAUGAUCCAGGACGUACAGAGUGGGUGCAUCAGCGCUCUGAUUCGCGGUCGCCUGGCAACCAGUGAGUCGCAAUCAUCAAGUAGCAACAGCUUAGCCAGCAUGACCAGCGACCAUAGUUACAAGCGGACAAUGCGUCGGCCUGUCCUUGGGGGUGGCAAGCGAGUGUCACUCUGUAUGCAGACCAAGUUUCAUCAGGACCUGAUCAUGGACACUCUGCGCAAGACGUCACCGCAGUUCGUUCUCUGUGUGCUACCAUUACCGCACGCCCUUCCAGACUGGCAAAAGCAUCCGGUGAUGGCAAGUUCAGGCAACAGCACAGCCACGUCGUCCACCAGUCUACACAUUGGCCAGACGGGCAGUGUGGGUGUCAUUCGCGGUACUACACAUGUUGGACAGCUCAUGGAUGUACCACUGGUGAGACUGCAGCUGCGUCGCACUGAGUUGGUCAAUGCCAUGCGUCUCUACCGACAAGGCUUUCCCGACUACAUGCCGUUCGGCGAGUUCCUGCGUAAGUUCCAGCCGCUUGCCAACGUCCAGUCCAUGCUGACGGAAACGGGAAGUGUGGACGAGAAGAAGGCCGUGGAGGAGCUACUGUUCAAACUGGAGAUCGACAAGAAGGCGUAUCGUCUCGGUCUCAGUCAGGUGUUCUUACGAGCUGGGACGCUGGUGAAGCUGGAAGGUGCGCGAGACGAGAGAUCGUUUGACACGAUAGUCCUGUUCCAGGCCCAGUGCCGCGGCAUGCUGGCAAGAAGACGGCUGGAGAAGAUGCGGACUCAUCUCGUAGCCGUGCAGUGCCUUCAGCGUAACAUCCGCAAGUUCAUUGUGUUUCGCAACUGGCCAUGGUGGAAACUGUACACCAAGGUAAAACCAGUCUUGGAUAUUCAUCGCACUGACGAGGAGCUACGGGAAAAGAAGCAAUUGAUCGAUAGCCUACAAGCGAAGAUUGAUAAGCUGCAACGAGAUUACAGUGGCAUACGGGAAAACGAAUCACAACUGAAAGAACGAGUAAGCCAACUAACUGGAGACCUGCAGGAGGAGAGAGCAGCGUUGCGCUCCACCGAUGAAACGCUGGAACAGGAGCAGAUGGAGCGGCUGCGCUUGGAGCAGGAGCUAGCUGAGAUCCAGGCAGAACAUACGCUGGUCAAGAAUCAGAAAGACCAGCUGUCCUUACAGCUCACUGAGGCACAGCUGCUCAGUGCCACGUCAGAUACCGUUGCCAUGUCGUUCACUCCUGACGAAGACCUGGAAGAUGACAGCCUGUCUCGAGGACAGUAUGAGCGGCUCAAGGCCGACCACAAACAGGCCCUGGAGCGGCUGCGUGUGGAAAUGGAGCAGGAGAACGAGAAGUUGCGUUCGGCGAAGAGACGCGCCGAUCAGCAGGUGUCCGCUGCUCAAAUGGAGGCUGAAGACUUGCAGGCAUCCCUGGCAAACUCUAAGAAGAAGACGAAUCGGCUGGAGUCAGAACUGGACGACUUGCAACUGCACCUGGAAGACGAGCAGGAGAGAAAUGCUGAGCUGGAGCGCAAGCAACGAAGGUUUGAUGCUGAGCUGAGUGGUGCCCAGGAGGAGGUUGAGCGAGAGCGGGAUAUGCGUGAGAAGAUGUCGCGCUCCACCGAGGUGGAACAGGCUGGUAAGCUGACUCUCAAAAAGCAGCUUGACGAAGCUGACGACACUCGCUUGGACCUGGAGAAGCAGAUCAAGCGACUCCGGGAGGAGCUGGAGGAUGCGUCGUCGAUGGGAAACAAGGAUGAGCGAGAGCUCGCUUCUCUUCGCAAGCAGAAGCGUGACCAAGAUCGUAAAAUUGAAGAUCAAGAAGAGGAGCUGGAGGAUCUUGCUGGACAAGUUCACCAACUGGAACAGACUCGUACUCGUUUGGAAAUGGCCAAUGAGAAGCUGCGGCAGCAGCAGCAAAAGGACAGCGAGGCACGAGAGGAAGAGCUUGAGGGCCAGCGGUUCACCUCCCAUAGAAAGAUCAAGAGUCUAGAAGUGCAGCUGGAAGAGGAAUACGAAGAACGGCAGAACGCAGUGCGCGCGCAACGCGACGCCGAGCAUCAGAUGCAGGCCAUGCGCGAGCGACUGCAACGUGGCAAUCCCGAGGCGGAGCGCAAGCUACGCAAGGGGCUGGCACGCACACGAGCUCUGCUGAACGACGCACAGGCGCAGAUCCAACAACAGCAAGCCAGACCGGAGAAGGUCAAGCAGAUGAAGAAUCAGCUGGAUGAAGCCCAAGAGGAUCUACAGAGCUUGCGUCGCACCAAGACCCGGCUUGAGCGUGACCUUGAGGACAGCCAAGAGUCCAUGGAGGUGGUGGAACGUCAGAAACUGGAGCUUGAACAGCGUCUGAGUAGCUCACAGAAGGAGCGUGAGGAGAUCGAGUCGCGCCUGGAGGAGGAGCAGGACGAGCUAGACCGCUUGAUGUCUAAACAGAGGCACACACUGGAGAAGGUAACCAGUCUGCAGAUCGAGCUGGAAGAGAGUCAGAACUUGGCGUCAACGCUCUCCGAUGAUCGUGAGAGAUACAAGCGGCAGGUACGCGACCUCGAGCAGCAGAUCUCCGACAUGCAGUCAGAUACGGUCGACAAGCUAGCCGUGCAGAGAGCCGAAGCAAAGAUGCGUGAGCUGGAGGAGAAGCUGGAGAUGGAAUCCAACUCUAAACAUCGCAUGGAGAGCACGGUGACAAGACUGCGUGACAAUCUUGAGCAAGCCAGCGCGUCCACUACAACCUCCGCUAUGGAAAGUGCAAGGUCGCGCAAGGAAGCCGACAUGAAGGAGAAUCUGCUGGAGCUGGAGAAUCGCGAGGCUGACGCCGCUAGCAAAUGCCGACGAGCGGAGCGUGCACUGACAGACAUGGAGUCUGAGCGUGACGACGCCCUGACCGAGGUGAAGCAGUGCAAGGAGCGCAUCAAGUCGCUGCAGAAGGCGCUCAACGACGCCGCCGGCUCCGACGACCAGGGCGGCGACAUGAUGAGUGACGAGGACGACGAGAGCGAUUUGAGCUUGGACGACGACGACGAGAGCCCGCGGUUAACCGCCAGCCACCGAUCCUACAGUCGCGGCAGCCGCGGAUCCGGUUUCCAUAGCAGCGGUGGAGGCGGAAGCACGCAUCGCCUGAGCCGUUACCACGACGACAGCGACGACGAUGACGACUUGGACGACCGUCCUCCGAGGUCAUACGGCAAGCGUUCGUCACGGCGAGCCUCGACCAGUGACAAUGAGGAUGAUGACGACGUGGUGGAGACCUCCACUAGCAAGCCGUGGCGACGGCAUUUCGUGGACUCGGAUGAUGAGAAGGACGAGCUGGAUUCGCGUGCUGCCAGGGCUGCCGCUGGUGGUGGUGGUACAGCGUCAUCGUCACGACGACCCAGGCAGACAACGUCUGAUGAUGAAACAUCCGGCAGUAGAAGAACUCGGCGCGCCGACGUGUACACGGAAGAGUAUGAUGCUUAGCAUUGCUAGCAAUUUCACUGCCUACAGUGUGUGUGAGGGAAUAUGAUCAUCCAAGCUUGUUAGUGUUGGAAAGCAGACUCGGUGCUGCUUUGCUGUUGCGGUAUGGUCUGUUUCCCUUGCUGGUGGUGGUUCGGGUGACAAGCAUGCAGGGCAGCCAGUACUGCGGUUUCUGCGCGUGUGGUGUGGUGACCAGAGUUGCAGCUUUUCCGGCAGUCGUGAAAACAUCACGUGCCCUCGCAGCACGUGCACGUGCUUGGCGUGCUUGAGAAGGCGACCAGUCGCCGCUGCCGAUUGAUGCACGUGUGCAGCAUUGCGUUGCGGGCACCAUGUUGCCUGCCAGAUUAUACACAGCAGCAGCAGCAGCAGCGUACUCGCCGUGUGCACCGAGUAGUAGAUAGCCCGCACACCACAACACACUGCACUGCACGGCACGUGGACUGGCUGCCCGUACCUGGGGCGCACUUGACUGGGAACAGAAUUUGAGCACCUACGUAAGCACUGCUGCCCGACUGCUUGAGUUUUCGCGUGAUAUUAUUUUCUUCGUUUCCUCUCUCUCUCUCCCUCUCUCCCUCUCUCUACCAGUAGUUGUAAAAGAAGAUUAUUAUAGUACCCUGGGAGAGAGGGAGAGAGCAAUGUGCUCUGAAGGGCUCUGGUGCGGAAACUUGCUUUUCUGGCGCCUGCAGUAAUUGACUUCCGUCGCUGCUUGCGGCUGUUUGUGUGCGUGUUUCAUGUGUAUUAUAGUCACAACGCCAUCCAUUGUUCACGCUUGUCAUGCUGAUUGGAUUUUUCUUCCCUCGUUUCCUUGUAAUAUAAUUAUUAUAUUCUGGAUCUUGUUGUAAAUAUGAGAGUAUACAAUGUAUUGCCCCAGGGGCAGUUGAAGCCCCUCCUGGUCUAUGUAUAUAUAUGUGUAUUUUGCCCCUCCUGGUCUUUCUACCCAAUCAUUGUACCCAGUCCGUAUCAGGCAGCUAGCUUGCAUUCAUUUUCUUUCUACAUGUAUUUUUACAGUGGAGGGAAGAAAUUUUCUUCGUCAUGAUUGUAUUAACCAGUGUGACCAUUUUCUUUUGUUCAAAACAUGGACUUUCGGAACCCUCUUACUCCUCAUGUUUGAGGAUUCUAUUCCGUUGACCUGACUGCCAUGAUGUGCCGAUGAUCGCUUUAGCCUCUUCUUCUUCUGUUUUGUUUUUAUUGCUUUGAUGUUUUGACCAGCCUGUCUUGGAUACUGUUGUCAUCCGAUACUUACUCUCUAUUGAUACAAGACUUAUAAAUAUUA